CUCGCCACUGUUCUUCUGGCUUUCAUCUUUCUCCUGCGAUAAUCAGCGAUAUUUAAAUUUCUUUAUAUCUGAGGUCUGGACACUUUUCCGCCAUGUGGAUCAUUAACUGGUUCUACGAUGUCCUGGCUUCCCUAGGUCUCCUCAACAAGCAUGCCAAGCUCCUGUUCCUUGGCCUGGACAAUGCCGGCAAAACCACCCUCUUGCACAUGUUGAAGAAUGACCGUGUCGCGACGCUCCAGCCUACGGCGCACCCGACAUCGGAGGAACUUGCCAUCGGCAACAACCGAUUCACAACAUUCGAUCUGGGCGGUCACCAGCAGGCGCGCCGCCUGUGGAAAGACUACUUCCCCGAAGUCAGCGGGAUCGUCUUCCUCGUCGACGCCAAGGACCACGAGCGCUUCCCCGAGUCCAAGGCUGAGCUCGACGCCCUCCUCGCCAUGGAGGAGCUGGCCAAGGUGCCCUUCCUCAUCCUCGGAAACAAGAUCGAUCACCCCGAUGCCGUUAGCGAGGACGAGCUGAGACAUCAGCUUGGUCUGUAUCAGACCACGGGUAAGGGCAAGGUGCCGCUGGAGGGGAUCCGGCCCAUCGAGGUGUUCAUGUGCAGUGUUGUUAUGAGACAGGGAUACGGCGAAGGUAUCAGGUGGCUGUCCCAAUACGUCUAAACGAUCAAUAACAACCAACUCCAUCCGUCCCCUCUGAUCUCUACCCAUCACUACUUUGCUACCGGUCUAUCGAUAUCGAUGAUGAUGAAGAUGGAACUAUGCACCCUCCGUCCGUCCCUAUCAAUCUAUAGCCCUCAGGUCCCCCUCUGUCAAAUGCAGAUUCUAGCGAUUAGUUCAAGUCACAAGUUCUUCUUUUUAA